AUGACGACGACACUGGAGACCAUCCAGCAGCUCUUCAGCACCCUUACUCACCCAUGGGUUUUCAUGGCCAUCUCUGCCAGCCACAUCCCCCUGACAAUCCGAACCCUGAUUCGUAAUCGUGACUGGCGGGGUCUCUUGGUCCCCUCGGCCUUUUGUGAUGCGCUAUUUGGACAUUUCUGGGCCACUGCUGGGCCCAUGGUCAAGGCCCAUGCGGAGGUUCGAGUAAUCCCCCUUUUGGAGGGCAGAGUCAAAGAUGGCGAGGCACACGACCAUGUCGUCGGGCUCCCAGUUUCAGGGAAGGUGAUUGAAAUUGGUGCGGGGUCUGGCAUGUGGGCAGAUGUUUUCUGCAAAAUCAACACAAGCGGCAAUGCCACCAAUGACACAUUCAGGGGUGAGGGGGCGUUAGGUGUGCGAAAGAGACUGGCCAGCAGUGCUAUCACCAAGAUUUACGGCGUGGAACCGAAUCCUGAAUCUGUCAGGGCGCUUCGAAAGCGCGUCAAGGAUAUUGGGCUCGACGACAUCUAUGAGGUGGUGCCUGUUGGUAUUGAAUCGCUCAGUGAUCCGUCUGCCUUCGGAGUCGAGGCGAUUGAGCCCGGUAGCAUCGAUUGCAUUGUUUCCGUUCUGUGUCUGUGCAGCGUUCCGGACCAAAAGGAGAAUAUCGAGGCACUUUAUAAGCUGCUCAAGCCGGGUGGCAGGUGGUACGUGUAUGAACACGUCAAGGUCCAGAGGAGCGGGCUUAUGCAGACAUUUCUCAGCCUCUACCAGCGGUUUGUGAAUGUGCCGUGGUCCUUUUUCAUCGGGUCGUGUCGCCUCUGCAAUGACACUGGAAAGCAUCUGAGGGAGGCAGGCUCAUGGUCUGCCAUCGACUUGGUCAAACCAGCAAGUGAUCCAGUUUAUCAGCUUUUGCCUCAUGUCUGGGGCACUUUGACUAAGUAA